AGACACCGAUAAUGGCUGGCAGUAUUACAAUCAACGGCAACAGCUAUGACGUUAAUCUGGCUGCCCUGCCUGCGGACAUCUCGCUGAACACCUUCAUCCGAGAGCAUGCCGGUCUGACGGCCACGAAGUUCAUGUGCCAGGAGGGCGGAUGCGGCGUCUGCGUGUGCACUCUGACCGGCAUCCAUCCGGAGGCGGGUGAGGUGCGCACCUGGGCCGUGAACUCGUGCCUCACGCUGCUGAACACCUGCCUGGGACUGGAGGUGACCACCGCAGAGGGUCUGGGCAACAAGCGGGUGGGCUACCAUGCCAUCCAGGAGCGGCUGGCCAAGAUGAACGGCACCCAGUGCGGCUACUGCUCGCCGGGCAUCGUCAUGAACAUGUACGGGCUGCUCAAGUCGAAGGGGGGUCGCGUGACCAUGGAGGAGGUGGAGAACUCCUUCGGAGGCAACAUCUGCCGCUGCACCGGCUACCGCCCCAUUCUGGAUGCCAUGAAGUCCUUUGCGGUGGACAGCAACAUUCAGAUUCCCACGGAGUGUGCGGACAUUGAGGAUCUGAGCACAAAGCAGUGCCCCAAGACGGGCAAGCAGUGCGCCGGCACCUGCAAGAAGCAGUCGCCCAAGGGGAGUCAGAUCUACCUCGAUGGCAGCCGCUGGAGCUGGCCCGAGAGCCUCAGCCAGCUCUUUGAAGCCCUGCAGAGCGCCGUCAAAGAGAAGCUGCCCAUCAUGCUGGUGGCCGGCAACACGGCCCACGGGGUGUACCGCCGCAGUGCGGACAUCAAGGCAUUCAUCGAUGUGGGAGGUUUGGCAGAGCUCAAGGGACACAAGCUGGAUGCUGGCUCCCUCACCCUCGGGGGUAACUUGAGCCUCACUGAAACGAUGGACAUUUGCCGACAGCUGGAGCAGACCAAAGACUUCGAGUACCUGGCCCAGGUGUGGCAGCACCUCGAUUGGAUCGCCAACGUUCCCGUUCGCAAUGCCGGCACCUUGGCGGGCAAUCUGGCCAUCAAGCAUGCCCACCCGGAGUUCCCCUCGGACGUGUUCAUUGUCCUCGAGGCCCUGGACGCACAGGUGAUUGUCCAGGAAUCGUUGGUCAAGCAGGCGACUGUCAGCCUCGCCAGCUAUCUGAAGACACCGAUGGAGGGAAAGAUCAUAAGGGGAAUAGUUCUCCCUGCGUACCCCAAGGAUCGUUUUCUGUUCGACUCCUACAAGAUCAUGCCACGUGCACAGAAUGCUCAUGCCUAUGUCAAUGCCGCUUUCCUGCUCGAGUUGGACAACGCUUCAAAGGUGAAGACUGCGAGGAUUUGCUUUGGUGGCAUCAAUCCGGAGUUUGUCCAUGCCACGGCCAUUGAGAAGCUGCUGCUGGGACGCAAUCCCUAUGAGAAUGGACUGGUGGAGCAAGCCUUUGGCCAACUGUCGACUAUUCUGAAACCCGAUGAGGUGCUGCCCGAUGCCUCGCCUGUGUACCGACGCAAACUCGCCUGCGGACUCUUCUACAAGUUUCUGCUGAAGACGGCAGCACAGAGGAAACAGGGAGUGGGCAGUCGCUUCGCUUUGGGUGGAUCUCUGCUGCAACGGCCCGUGUCGAGUGGAAAGCAAAACUUUGAGACCUUCGAGGAGCAUUAUCCAGUGACCAAG